GUUAGAGCCUACCGCUUUGCAGAGCAAACUUGACGAAGAGAAGGCUAGCAAUCCUGCAUUUAGAGCGUACCUAGAGGAGUCUCCUGCUAUUAAAGGUGAAGUGGGUUGGGAGAAGGCUCCUCAACGUCAACAGCAGAAUUAUUUGGAAAAAGAGUUAGGCGAGGUGCUUAAACUAUGGGAGAAAGCGUCACAAAAAAUGCAACGAGAGGUAAAGAAGAAAGCUACUGAAUGGCUCGUCGCCUUCGAGAAUGCCAUCUUUGAAUCCUUAGAAUACGAACGGCAAAAAGCGCAGGAGGAAAGCUGGAAGAAACUAGCUCUUGAGUUUGAGAAAUUCGUCACUCGCUUUAUGACUGUCCAACAAGAAGUUCAACGAGGAGCCGAUCAAGUUGAUAGUCUUAAGACUGCAAAACCAAAAGAGGAAGAGCCACGGCCUCCUUCUCCUUUUCCCGCCUCACCAGGAACGAAUCAGCUCCAAAAUAAGCGGCUUCCCUCUUUCGCAAUGAUGCGAUUUCAGGUUAGGCGCAUGACGAAACGAUUUGCCGCAGAACCUGAAGAAUUGACGGCUGGGUUCGUUCUCCUCCGCUCACCCCACAGCCCUUAUCUGGUGACAAUGUCCAUUAUAAAUCUACAAGACGACAAAAUGUCAAGAGUCGCAAAAGCUAACUACUUGCUCAAAACUACUAGGAAAAGUAGAAAACAAGAAGAAGCUACUGGAGCAGCUAAAGAAGGACAAGAAGCUAAUCCUCCAUCUGAGAAUCCUAUUGUUAUUCGUUUAGCUGGACACGCGAAUCUGCUCAAGCGGGAACUGAACGACACUUUAUCUGAAGACGAAAAGAAGUUGCUGUACGAUGCAGGUAGGAUAACGAGAGCGCUUUAUUAUCCCAGUGGACCUCGCGGUUCGGAGUGGGCUUUCAGCCCCAAUCACUGCGGCAGCUACAAAGACGCUAAAACUGACGAAGAAAUCUAUGAAAGAGCUCUCUCGAAAGCAAACGAAGAUGCUGAAAAAGAAGACGCGAAAUUAGAUCAAGUAACACCAGAUGGAAAGUAUUACUGUUACAACAACGCAACUUCUACGGGAGGUCCACCUCGCGGUAGUACAGGAACAAGAGUCCUUCCUCGUCUCCGUGACCUCCCAUUGA